UCCGGCCUCGGAUCCCGAGCGCAUCCAGCGCCUCCGCAGCCUGAUGGUGAACGCGGGCCCCGAGCAGGACGCGGCGGGCGGCGGCACGGCACGGCGCAGGAGGGCGCCGCGUAACGUCCUGACCAGGAUGCCGCUGCAUGAAGGCAGCCCACUGGGGGAGCUCCACCGCUGUGUCCGAGACGGUGUAAAAAUCAACGUUCACAUCCGCACUUUCAAGGGGCUCCGUGGAGUCUGCACAGGUUUCUUGGUUGCAUUUGACAAGUUCUGGAAUAUGGCCCUGACAGAUGUGGAUGAGACCUACAGGAAGCCAGUCCUGGGCAAAGCUUUCUAUGCAGAACCUCAGCUCUCACUAACCCGGCUGUUUGACAGACUCAAGCUGCAGGAUGCCUCUGUGAAGAAGGGAGCUGACUCAAAGACUGUAUCAGGGGAGCUAGCCCUGACAAAUGACUCUCAGCCGCCUGGAUGGAAAGUUGGAUCGGAACGAGGGAGAGAAGAAGAUGAGCGUGAGAAGCAGAAACGCUUGGGCAGAGGUGGAGAAAAGAAGGUGCCAGGAGACAGUUUGCAUCUGGCUGUCAGAGGUGAAGCUGAUGUGGGCAGCGGGACUGCUCACACAGGAGGUGCCACUGCUGGUGGUACCCGCACAAGAAGCCAGGCACGGAGGAAAAGGAGGCCCAAAGUGGAUUAUCAGCAGGUGUUCACACGUCACAUUAACCAGAUUUUUAUUCGAGGAGAGAACGUCUUGCUUGUCCAUUUAGCUCAUUGACUUGGAUGAGCCUUCGUCGGUGUAUUUAUUUGAUAGCAUGAAUUGCUGUGGUAGCUCUCAUUCCUAUUUAGCAUUCUUGUGAAUGUGGUACUGUGACAGGUUUCCCACUGCCCGAACAAGGUAGGGGAAGUAAUUCUAACCGGAGUAUCCUGAGCUUACUGCCAAAGCAGCCUCCUUCAGUCUCUGCUCAGGGUCUCAGGGUGAGGUCAGCAGCACAGUUUUGCUUUGUGAGAUGAGGGAGAUGAGCACAGAGCCCUCUGCUUCUUAAAAAGUAAACAGCUGAGUCAGGACGGUUGGUAGAGAAUGUUUGUGCAGUCAGAUACAGGAGCGAACUGUGACAUAUGUUUAAGGAGCUGAAGAUGAGAUCUCCACCUGAAACAAAUCACAAAUGAUAUUUUGCAUGUUCUGAGGAAUCCCUGAUUUCACAUGUUCCAAAACCAACUGUUUAUCUGCCAUUGUUACACGGAUGUCUUCUCUUCCAGAUGUAAUUCUGACAGUCAGAUUAAAUAAUGUGUGAAAAGGUGGGGUGACAUGCUACUGAUGGCUUCAUCGUUAGCUCUGUAAUGCUAUGUGUGACAGAAAACCUCUCAGUUGAAGACUGUUCUUUUUCUGUUAAUGAUUGCCAGGAUUUAAUCUUUUUUCAAUGUCAAAGCUUAUGCUCCUAUUUGCAGUGCCAUGCUCUCGCCGUGUGUCCCCAGCAAUCAGCUAAUGGAGCUGAUGUAGGGCCCUCCACGUUUGGAGAAUCUCUCUGAAUGCUGUGGAUGCAUAUGGAAAACUGUACUUUUCUCUCUCACCUGUUUGCUUCUUGUUGCAAAGCAAUAUCUGCAGAGAUGUACUUUUCCUUCUCGGAUACAAGUGUUCAUGCUGAGCACAUCGUGUUGUAUCUAAGAGCCUUCUGUUCCCUCUGUUGAAACUAGAGGUGCCCUGUCUCCAGCUUUUCUCGUGGAGCACAAAUUGUCACAAUUCUUUCUAUCUGUGUAAAAGCCAAACUCAUCUCAUUGGUCAUUUUAUUUUAGCAGUGUUCUUAAGCUAUGACAGAUCAGGUCAGGCUUCUGCAUAUAUAAACUGCUUUCUAAGAGCUAUGUACAAAAGUUUGAGGGUAAAUAAUGCUGUUAAAUUACUUAGUCUUUUCUCUUGGAUGGCAGAGGAUGCUAGAUUUCAUGCUGCUAUUCCCAUUUUCGUACCAUCUACCUUAUGCUUCACAGCAACUCUGGUGUGCAGAUGUGAAAUUGCCAGGACAACAGGUAAAACAGCUUUCUAGUGCUUUGUAUCAGGUCUUGUAUUGCAUGCUGAGGUCAUGAGUCCUCAGACUGAGCGAGUGCCCUCUUGAAUGACGUGUUUCUAUUGCAACAAAGGUGGCAUAUUGCUUGCUUGUCAUUAGGAGUACAUCUGGUGCUUGGGUGAAUUACAGAAGUCAUUUAGCAGAAGCUCCUGGGCACACAGAGCAGCUUUGAGUCUCUGGGGGAGCCUGAAACUUUUAUGUCAGUGUUUCAGAUUGAGGUGGGGUUGGAUGACUGAUCAGCACAGCCACUGAGAAGCAAAUCUGAGUUCAGACUGGGACAAAAGUACCUCAGAUUGAGAAGUACUGUGGAGGCAAAAACCAGUUUCACAGAGUUAAGAAAAAAAGAAUAUUUACUAUUUUUUAUUACACGUGACUUCACUGCUGUAAUUCCUUCCUACUAUGAGCUCAGCACUGAGCAGAUUCCUCCCUUGGAGGUUCUUGCCUCCUCUUGUGCAGUGUUGAUGUGGUCUGCUGUUCCCUCGUACACGGUUUCCUUCUUUCAGGAGUUUCUCUCCUCGGGAUGUUCCUUUCUAACUUUGCUUUCGGAACAUUGUUCAUCUCUUUACCCCUGGUGACUCUUUCUGAACCUCUCCUGGUUGCCUUUCCUUGCACUUGCCAGCUGAACAGAAUCCUCACAAAUUAUUGCAAGCGUAUGAAGCUAGAAACAAGGAACUUCUUUCUGCUCCUGACUUCUCAGCAACUUUCAUUGCAAAUUACUGUUUUUCUUUAUUUUGUUUUCACUGGUGUUUCUUUUUUCUCCUCCAAUUUCUGAGUGGUUUGUUUCUGUUUCAUCUCUGUGGGCUGACUGUCUCUGCCUCUUCCAUUCAUGUGUGCCAAAGGCUGCUGGUUUGACACCUCUCCCUUUUCUCUCAUACUUGACCAAGGGGUGCUGUAUCUCCACUCAGGCCUGUGUGUCAGAUCUUCCAUUCAAUUCUUGUGGUUUAUUUUUCUAACCUCAUAUCAGUAUUUCUCUUUGUCUGCCUAUUUCAUCCUUUCUUGCACAUUAAAUAAGAUACAGCUGCCUUGAGUGUUCUUUCAACUUUAGUGCCCUCUUUUCAUGCCACUGACACUUUAUCAUUUUCACUUACUACAACAAGUCUCAGUGUUUCCUUUCAUAAAAGAUUUUUUUCUGGAAUUUACAGGUGUUUGUUGCUUCACAUCUGUGCGUUUCUGUUUUAGAUUCUAUGAGAAAUGCUGGUGCUCACACUUGCAUUGGUGCCUUGAUUUUUAUAUUGCUGACCUGUUCUUCCACAGUCAUCACCUCAGUCCACAAACCUGGUUAAGAACGAUACCAUUGUAUUUCUCUUUGCUCUACCUCAUUAUUAAACUGUUCUUCCUCUUUUCUCAUUGCUUUCUUAUUUCUGAACUUGAUUAAGUUUCUUUUACGCUUUAGCUGUAAUGGUUUGUGUGGUGGUUCUUCCUUUAUUUCCUAAUUCUUACCCACUCACUUCUUGUUAUUUCCAAACUGCUUCUUAAAUACAGCCUCUUCCAUUCUCCUAGUCUUCCUGUUCCCUACUUUUUCUGACAGCGUAUCAUUUUAAGGCCCAUUAUCUAAGUACUGUUUGAUGAACUUUGUCUCAUUCAAACGUAGUAUUUGAUUAUGACUCAGCAAGUGAUGCUGUAUGUGUUGUCACUUGCAUGUUUAAUACUUCAGAUAAAGUUUCUCUUUAAAUAAAAUGGAAUGCGAUUCUGCAGUGAAGUUUUCUACCUCACUGAAGUAUUCGUGUAAAUUGAACAAGCCAAAACCACUUGGUUAUUUUGGUUGUUGUUUCUGGUUGUUUCUUUCUGUGUUUUUGCCUUUUCUAGACACAGCACAGAUCUGGGUUCUUCAUUCAGCAGCUGGCUCCUACUGCAUUCCUCUUUUGCUGUAGUGUCACAGAGAAGGUGUGAGCAUAGAGAUCUGAAGUUACUACACUAGAGACCGAGAGCAGGAGCAGGAGGCAGUCCUAAGAAACAAAGUAAAGGUCAGCAGGUUUUGAGGCAAAUGUAAAGAAUCCCUGGAAGGGAUCACUCUCCUGGUUGCAUUCUGCCUGGUGUUUCUGGGAUGUUUUUCAGGCUGUUGGUAAGCGCUGAUUCUUAAAGCUUAUUUAUUGUGAAGUACCAAAUGAUUGCAGGAGCAAUGUUUUUUGACCUGUCUUUGAAGAAGUGCUGUGAUCACUGGAGAUGAUUUUAGGAUAAUUCCUGAAAUAGCAGAUGUGAAACUUGUGCAACGUCACAAUGCCAGCUGCAGAUACAUGGUACAGUACAUAUGACAUAAUGGAAUAGUUUUAGAAUUAAACUGUGGUGUCACAGAUACUUCUCAGUGUCACUGUGUACCUUUCUAUUGCCAGCAUAGUUCAAUAGGGAAUGAAGUCAUAUGAUACUUUUAAGAAGGGCUGUUUUGUUGGGUUUUUUUGAAUGGUGAUAUAAUUCUGAAGUCCUUUUCACACAGUCUGAGUGAGAUUUUCAUGGCACCACAGGACAAAUCCUUUAUAUGCUAUUGGGAAGUGAGCAAAACAGUGAGAACCAGACUGAGCACCGCCGUGUUAGCCUGUAGCUGUGGGUAUUGUUCUUUCUUGGGAAACUUUUACUCAGGUGCUUCAUUUUUAUCAACACUUGGGAAGUAUGGGGUGGUAACAGAAUAGAUAAGGCCAGUGUUAGAAAGGAGCUUGUAGAAAGCUUUUAGUCUCUCACCUGACUAGUCUGGCUUGCUCAUUGCCUGAAAGUUUUUCUGAUUAUGCUAGGCACCUGACUCUAGAUGUUACUGAAAUAGGCAGCACGCAGUAGUUUUUGACUGCUUUUCUCCUUCAGCUACUGGAUUGUUUGUUUCUGAUGCAGCUUUCCCCUGGGCACUAUUUGGAAGCAGGUCUCAGCAGGAUGCAGCUGGAAUUGCCCAUGAAUUGCAGUGGAUGAAGAAGUUCUCAGGAAAAAAAGACAGCAGAUAUAAAAGAUGUCUGAUUUUUGUUGAAUUUAGUGUUGUGUCCAACGUGCUGCCCACAGUGUGCUGCCCAAAGUGCCCUUUCUAUUGCCCAGUGGCACUGACUGAAAUGAAAUCUGUACAAAGAAUGAUUUCAUCCUGUCUUGAAAGAAAAUGGAAAAGCGGAUGGGUCAGCAAACUUAAGUAUCUGAAGAUGUAUAACUGUAGGUAAACUUUCAGUCUUUGAUUAGACAGAGCAGAACUAUAAGCAGCAGUUUAAGCUGAAGGCUGUGUGGCUGGAUACAAUUGCAAGGCGCAGCCCUCAGAGGCGAAGCAGCAGCAGUAGCAGUGGUGCAGUGAUUGCUUCAUCCAGGCACACGCUUUCCUGAGAAGCUGUUGAGUUAUAUGUUUGUGGCUGCCUCAAAGCAUAACUGCAAUACUGUGAGAUGAUACAAAGCUGUUUUCUGCCUGCAUCACAAAGCGUAAAGCAGAAAUGCUAGACUGUGUGUCUUCUGCAGCCCAGAACUAUUUCAGUUCAUUGCUUUCACCUCUUGGCAUUGGCUUAAAAAUUGGAAGCUUGUGCUAUAGCAAUUAUAAGACUGCCUUGUUAAUGCUUACUAGAAAUGAUAUUUAAUAAUUAAGAGAUUACAGGAUUUAUGGAAUUACGUGAUACUGACUGAUACAGUGACCAAAAGUUGUAUUAUUGCGAUUAAGGCAUUACAAACCAAAAACCUCUUUUCUGAAGAAUACUAUGAAAAUGCAAAAAUGGAAAUGUAUGAAGCCAGAGUAGGAACAAGAGAAGAUAAAAAAAAAAUCCUUCCCUACUAGUGCAGGAAGAUGAUCUUCAUAGAGAGAGGUAGUUAUUUCCAAGCUGGUUCUCCCAGCAUUUCCAUGCUUGAUGGGAGAUGGGCAUAAACAACCCAAAACCCAAAAUGGCUUAGGUACAAUCACAAACAGAGCUCAAAGAGACACGAUUCCACUUGCCCACUUGAAUACAAACAAUCUUAACUUUACAGUGAAAGUUUCUAGAAGAGCAAUUCCAGUUUGUAGCAAUCAGGUGUCCACAAGGCUAGCAGGGUGCAGUUUUCUUGGUGUUACUGUCUCCCACAAGAUGUCUUACAGCAGUUCCUAGAGGUGUGCUGUCCUGUGUUACCUUGUGUCUUACAGACAGGGCAGUGAGUGUGCAGAGACAAUUCUGUAGUGCAGCCUCCGUUCGUUGAACCGUGCCCCAAGGGUCUCUGCCAGGCUCCAACCCUUAUACCUGAUACAUUUGAUCCUGCCUCUAAAAAUGUGCAGAGGAAACCCAGUGGGAGAACAAACAACUAAGCAAAUUUCCUCUUUUGAGGCAGGCCUGGCAGGAGGCUUGGUUUUCCUCGUUAGCUUUCUGGGGGUGCGGGAGGAAGGACUGUUUCAGCAGGGGAAUAUCAGAGCUGGCUUGUCUCAUGAUGUUUACACGUCCUUUCAGAUGUCACUGUAAGUGCUCCUGCUCUUAGCUGGGAGAAGUGGAGGCCUGUCAGGGAAGGAAAAUGGCUUCUGAUGUUCCUGGAUAACUGUUUUAUUAGCUGCUACCUUCACAGUGUACACUUGGAUGACUUAGCUGAAGAAAAUUAGUACACCUGAGACUUUCAGUCAGUCUUGUAUUCGUUUAGAAUGAAAAGUAGUUUGAUCAGUUUGUGUAAAAACAUAUCCAUCUUUUUUUUCCUCUCAAAAGAUCAGUGCUCUCUCUCAGGCAAGAAAUGAAAGCUGCUCCUGCUCCUUUAGUGAUUGCUUCUGAUUUGCACUGCUUCUGAGCAAAGUGCAGCUGUGUCAUUGUACCUUCUGCCUGACAGAUCAUCCUGAGAUGAGAAAAUGAGAGAAGUGCUCCAUUUCUUUAACACUGAAAUGGGCAUUAUGAGAGGAACAGUUGUAUUGACCUCUUUCCAGAUGGUGCAUGCAUCCAAUAUAGCUGCAUGGACUGAGAUUCGCAACCAAUUAGUCAGUUAUAAAGCUCCCCCAGUGAAACACAAAGGGGCAGCACGACCUACCAGACCCAUACGGGGUUGGAAGUCAGGUGCUGACAAAUUCCAACCUCACUACUGCCACUCACUCACUGAAUGGCCUUGGCACGUCACUUUCCUAUAUGCUCCACAGCUGCAAUCCAUCUGAGAGCAGUCCUUGCCUGUCUCACCAGUAUCUGGGGGAGCAGCGAGCGCUACACAAGUGCUAAGUAUUGUUAUUAAACGAUAAUAUGUCAGGUAAUGCAGAUACAUAGAUCAUCUGCCUUCUUCAGGCACUCGACUGUUAGCCUUGUGUCUUGGUACAUGGGAGGUGUGCCAGACAUCAGGUGUAAUGAUGCACUUCAGUCCUGGAAUUACUUGUGUUUUCAAGGUCAGAUCAGCGACUUCAGGAUCUGUUUCACACUGCAGUACCAUGUUUGGGUCAAACUGAUAAAUAAGGAUGUAACUUGUUUGUAAUUCCUUCUCUGUCUUCCUAUUUUGUUUCUUAGGAAGCUGAUGCUGCUAUGAACAUACUGAAUAAUACCAAAUUUGCAAUAUUCUGCUUUCCAGAUAUAAAUGUUUAUAUUUAAAAGUGCUAAGACUAUACUGCAAUAAAUAAUAUCCAUUUAA